AUGAAUGAUCUUUGCAAAUUAGGAAUAAAUUGCCUUGAAAAUGUUAAGGAUACCGAGGAGGCUUGUAGUGCCAAAUUAUGUGAAAAGAGGAGGCUCACAGAUUUAACCUUAUGUUGGAGUAACACUGAUUCGAGGAACAACGAUUUAGAUGAGAAUGUGCUCGACUACCUUCAGCCACCAAAAUGUCUGAGGAAUUUGAGCAUAGAGAAGUACAGGGGUGCAAGGUCUGCAAAAUGGAUGAACAAUGUCAAUUCAAUCUUCAAUCUAGAGAAAAUCGAAUUGCGAUAUUGCUUGGAGUGGGAAACUCUUCCUCCUUUCGGGCAACUUCCCUUCCUUAAGUCACUGACACUUUCUGGCAUGCCGAAAGUAAAAUGGCUCGAAAGCAAAUUUAAUGGGAAUGAUAAAUACCGUGCUUUUCCAUUGCUAGAGGAGUUAUAUAUUUACGGAUUAGAAGCAUUAGAGGAUUGGUUUGAGGCAGGAGUAGCUGCUGAAGACGGAUGUUUGUUUCCUUGCUUAACUGAUAUGAGGCUGUAUAACUGCCCGAAGUUGAAAGAGUUGCCCUCUUUGCCUUCUGAGUUCAAGAGGUUGACGGUCUAUAACAAUAUGGAGUGGACGACUUUGAAUUUUUGUUGCAAUUCAAAUCCUAUUCCCCUUCAAACAUUAGAGGUCUCGAAGUGUCCAAACAUUACAUCUCUUCCUCUGGCUGAUGAAAUAGCAAGACUUGCAGCACUAAGAUACUUGAAAAUUAAAGAGUGCCCCAAUCUGAUCUCUCUUGGAGAAAUGCAAACCAGUAAUAAUUGCCAUCUCAUGCUCAGCGAUCUUAGCAUAAGUGAUCCAUUGGUGUUGCUAAUGGAGCCAUUGAGAAAUAUCGCCUCCUUAAAAAAGCUGACUAUUAAUAUUGCGAAUAAUGAUGAGCUGGUUUCAUUUCCAAAUGAGGCGGAGCAGUGGUUUCUCAAUGUUAGGUCUUCUCUUUCUAAGCUGCACUUCCAACAUCUCAAAUCCUUAGAGUCUCUCCCUUCCUCCUUGGAAAGCUUAUCUUCACUUCAGAAUCUAUAUAUUAAGGGCGUUCCUAUGCUUCGGGAAUUACCGGACCUUCCUCCCAAUUUACAACAUAUAUCUAUUACUGAUGUUCCUAUGCUUCGGGAAUUACCGGACCUUCCUCCCAAUUUACAAUAUAUAUCUAUUUGUAGCGCUCCUAUGCUUCGAGAAUUACCGGACCUUCCUGCCUCUUUGGAUCGUCUAAUAAUUCAUGGGAAAUGUCAUCCAGAGUUAAAGAAGCGCUAUCGAGAGGAUGGAGGCUCCGAUUGGCACAAGAUUGCUCACAUUCCUCAUAUCUAUAUUUGUCCCGCUUUCGAUUACAAUUCCGAAUAA